UAUCAUGUGGCGUACACCUUUUUCGGUUCCCGAACCUUUGUUAUGCUUUGGUUUACAUCACUUGUUGGAAAACACUCCAAAGCAUAGAAAAACCAUUAAAUUGUUGCAGUAUUGGAUGCCAACACACAGGGCUAUUACUCUAAUUCAUCCUCCAGAUCAAAGCCCACACAGGCAGUUCUCCUGCCUGAAGCUAUUUUCCUUUGACUUUCCUGCUUGACAGUAGUCUCCCAUAGUCUCUGUUCUGCCCUCUUUGAACAUAUAGCUUUUCCUUUGGUCACGGAAAUACAAUUUAUGUCUAUUAUACUGUAUUACAGAUUACACUGGGGCGAUGUGCAUUAUUAGAUAGAAUACUUGCUCACUGGAAGGGGAGUAUGUGUGGGUGAGUGUUGUGUCUGUGUGUGUGUGGGAGAGAGAGAGACAGGGGGAAGGGAAGGAGGCAGCGUUCUAAAAUUUUAAUUUGCAAGAGCUAACCUUGAAGCAUGAUUUAUUAACAUCACGUUGUUUGCUUUUGUCACAUUGUGUAUGGAGGGAUGGCAAAUGCUUGGCCCCACUCCACAGCCACAUCAGACCACCCAAAGAGUCAGAGCAGCCCAGCUACCGGCUGUGCACGCCCAGAGUUCAAAGGUUCAUGAGAGAACUAACCCAUUUAAUCAGUUAUUAGCUGCCUCCCCUAUAACCAGAUUGGAUACAGGAAAAAAAAAUAGAAUAAAAGGGGGAGGAGGAGGGAGAGGGAAAGAGAGAAAUCUCCCUACAGACUGCUUGUCUGGGACUCAAGAAUUACAAAAACAACCUCCACCCCAGGACGGAGGGAGUAUGUGAGACGGAAGGGGGAGGAGGAGGAUAAGGAGGAGGAGAGGGAGGUUGGGAAGAGAAAGGCGAGGCACAGAGGGGAGUCCCUCUCCAGCCCUCCUGGAUCACCCCACCGGAGCCCAGCCGCCCAAGAUGUUUGAUAACACGCAGUAUCCUUACAACUGCUUCAACUACGAUGGGGAUGACUAUCCAGCCUGCAGCUCCGACGAGGAGAAGAAACUCACUCGCCCGGCUUACAGCUACAUUGCCUUGAUUGCAAUGGCCAUCCAGCAAACUCCUUCCAAUAAAGUGACCCUGUCUGGCAUUUAUGACUUUAUAAUGAAGAAAUUCCCUUACUACAGAUCAAACCAAAGAGCGUGGCAAAACUCCAUUAGACAUAACUUAUCCCUUAACAGUUGUUUUGUAAAGGUGCCCAGGACCGAAGGGAAUGAGAAGGGAAAAGGAAAUUACUGGACCUUUGCUUCGGGUUGUGAAUCCAUGUUGGAUCUUUUUGAAAAUGGGAAUUUCAGAAGGAGACGCCGAAGGAGGAACGUGAAACGGGAACGCAAAGGUCAGAGACCGUAUGGAACUGAAGGGCCUUCUUCUCCUGAGCUGGCUGCUGCAGAUUCCCAUUCCCUGGGGAGCGCUUGCCCUGAUAGAAAAGCCAAGAAUUCCCAACCUGGAUCGCAUCACCUGGAUCCACCUCUGCCAUUCCUCCCAAAUGGCCUCUCCAGCCAGCAGAACCUAAACAACUCUGCUCUAGGAAAACCUGACUCAGAAAUUAAAUUUAGCAUUGAUUAUAUUCUUUCAGCCCCUGACCCUCUGCCCGCGUUAAGAUCACCAUAUAAUGCACAAACUAAUAAAUAUCACAUAUUGGAGUCCCAACAGAUAAAUCUCCAGUUUUGGACAAUGUGAUGUGAUUCCCAACCAACCCAAUUCUGUUCUAAAUUUCUGAUUUUGAAUUUGGUCUAGCUUCUUCACUUUCUGAAAAAGAUGACAUCGACUCAUUUGAGUCAGAUGACCUAGUAUGUGAAAUUCAAGGUUUAAUUUCAGUCGUUGAUGAUUAACCUUUUAUCUAUUCUACUUUGGCUUUUGACCUUUGUCAGAAACUCAAAAUGCAAAAUUGUGGCAUGAUUUUCAAGAGCUCUACCUUGAAAAUUUCUGAUUUUACUGACACAUUCUGUGGGUUCACCCAGUAUAUGUUUUGAUUUCUGAGAAGGGAAUAGAUUCCAGAUCGUUUUUAUGCGAGUCGAUAUUACAUUUUAUUCCAAGCUGAUUCACUUUAUUAUUCAGUAUUGCAUUUCAUAAAACCAAUAUCUGAAAAUGGGGAUGCUAAUUACACUGUUGCAGGAAUCUGAGUAAUUCUGUUACACAAACUAUUACAGUGAAGGGUGAUUUAUCCCAAUGCUCCUGACUCUGGUCAGUGUUGCUGAGUGAUGUGAUAAGAGCUGACAGUUAUACUUGAACUUGUAAACAAAGAUUCCCCUUGUGCUAUCAUAAAGUUUUUGGUGAUAGUUCAAAACAUCCCUGGCACUUAUUUGAUUUAAGAAGGAAAUAAAGAUGUGCAAGAAAUUUAAUUCACAGACAAUGUGGGAUGAAAGUGGCUCUUCACUCUCCCUCAGCACAUAUUAUUUGUUUGAAUUUUCUGCAACUAAUCACCAAAGUGGUAUGUGAUCAGAUUCUUCGGGCACCAGAGAGCUAUACUAUUAUUGACAUCAAAGUCAGAAUCUGAUGUCUCUGUUGGAAAUGUAAGUUAUUUAAUUAAAGCUUAGAGAUGGGUAUUUUUUUAAAUACAGUGAAACAAUUUGACCAAACUUAGCUUUUUUCACAAACACUUUUUUGUGGAGUUAAUUGCCUUCUGUGAUUUGAGCAUCAGUAUGGCUUCCACAAAAUCAUUUUUGCAAGGUGUCUACCAGAUGCUGGUUGGUUUAUUGACAAUUAUGUGAAGCUUUUUUUUUUUAAGCCUGUCUUUGUAACAGGGACUGAAGAUAAAUGAAGGCUGGCAAAAUGAGUUGAAUCAAAGCUGGGCAAAGAUAUUCUUAAUCAUGGCUUGAAUUUUUAUACAGAAGGUAUGACAUUUCAUUAAGUUAUUUUACAUUUUAUUCACAUAUACUGUAUAUAUACACAAUCUAUUCUUAUAUAUUGUUUUUGAAAGGAGAAAGUCACUGGCACUUAUAAAUGUUGUGAAAUGCA